CCGAACGUGAUAGAAUUAUCCGGAGAACUAUUUUGUCAGUUAUGGACUUAAAAGCUAGAAAAUUGAUGGAAAAGAUGAUUCCUGGACGUCCUGAAGUUGUGAAUUUCGAUGAAUAUGGUUUCGCCAUUUUCGCCGAAGGAAGUCUUUUUGCUGCCGAUGACAACAAAUGCCAUUGCUACAGCCUCCAUAAAGAAUCGGUUUGUGAUGAGGAUGGUUUUCAAGGAUUGUGGAAUAAUGUAAAAAAAAGCCUGGAUCCAAAUACUUCUUGUUCACCCCAAAAGUUAAGGAGUUUUAUCAAGAAAGGAAUACCCUCGUCACUGAGAGGAGAAUUCUGGCAACUUGUUGCUGGAAGCAAGCUCCUGGCAAAACAAGCUGACUUUGUUUAUCAGGAGAAAUUGCUGGAAGUUCGUGAAAUGCUCGUGGAUCUUGGCGUGACGGAAUACAAUAGCAAGACUACGGCAAGGGUCAUUGGGAGAAUGAUAGAUUCCUUUGAGAAUGAAGAUGACGAUCUCCAGAAAACCGACAAAAAAUUGAAUACAGAUGAACGUAGCAAGCUGAAUGCUUUCAGACAAGCUCUUCUCGAUGCAGAAAGAACAUUUCCGACCCACAAAAUGUUCAUGGAAGGAACGACCUUGGGCAAAGAAGGACGCGCUGCACUUUUUCGCAUCCUGUCCGUUUAUAUCCUUUACAAUCCUCAAGUUUCCUACUGUCAAGGGAUGUCUUACAUCGGUGGAAUGCUGCUCAUACAGAUGUCUGAAGAGGAUGCGUUUUGGAUGUUUGUAUCUUUGAUAGAGAGACCAAAAUACCUGUCGGGUUAUUUUGAUGCUACACUUUCAAAAAUACAACGGCACUCCCAAGUAUUUGAAGCUUUGUUGUGUCAAAAAAUGCCAGCACUUUCGAAACAUUUGAAAGAUGUUGCUGUUGACCCACUAUUGUACAUUACUCCUUGGUUUAUGACCCUGUAUACAAGUCUUCCGUGUUGGGAUACCGUCCUUUUUAUAUGGGAUCUAUUCCUGUUGGAAGGAUUCUCAAUUAUCUUCCAAGCAUCCCUUGCUAUUCUUCGAACUAUUUCGGACGAGUUAUUGCAUCUCACAGAUAUUGCUCAAGUUCUUCCCAUCUUGCUUCACUUACCGCAAGACAGAAUAAACCGGUCGCGUUUUGUUUCCGUCAUUUCGCGGUGGACGAUACAGAAGUGGGAAGUCGACGCCAUUACGGCUAUCAUUGCUGAGACAAAAAAUACCAACCAAGAAUUGAAAAGGAAAAGCUCCCUCGAAGAAAAUCGUCCACGGAAAGUGCGAAAGCUUGACUUAAAUGCACGUAGUGAGAACGGAAAUCCGCAUUCCAUUCUUAAAAAAGUGACCAAAUUCGUCGGAAGUUUAUGGUCGUUUUCGCAAAAGGAAAACUGCCAAUUACACACAAUCACGAACGAAGCUCACGAUGCUUCACCAGUUUCAACACCUCAGUUUAGUGCUAAAGUAUUGCCUCCUGAAGCAAAACGAAACAUCCGUUCCAGUUAUAGCCGUCGUAUGCAUUCAAAGCGCAAAAUUGCUUCUUCGUCUGUUCGAAGCAGUCCCAGGAUCGCGAAAAAAUACAAUUUGCAAAAUAUAAAGAGAGCCGAAAAGUCUUCUGGGAAUGAAUGGGUCAACGAGUCCCCAAACACAAGGCAGGCUUUCAAAAGUUUCAACACACCAACUCCUCUUAGAUUAACGAAGGUACAAUCUAGGACCACACAAAGUGUGGAAAACAUGAAUGUCCCGAAAUUCUCGUUUUCUCCCGAUGUUGAACUAAAAGUUACAGAUUAUCUUGCAACGACAGUUCUCGAAUAAAGUGUUCCCCCCCCCUGCAACAGAAACACACACAUUUGAAUUGUGGUAUAGCUUCAUAGCAAGUCCAUCGAAAGAUUUCUGUGGAAGUGUUUUCAUUGAAGAUAUACAUUCUAUAGGUUAGAAAACUAGAUACA